AUCCAUUCUUUAUCUCCAUAGAUUCCCAUAUGACUGGACUGGCCCCUGAUGAUGAGAAGGAAGAGGAGUUCAGUCCACGGGGAUUGGCACAUGGGCAUUGGCAGGUGGAGGCCAUAGUGGAGUUUGACUACCAGGCCCAGCACGACGAUGAGCUGACGAUCAGCGUGGGUGAAAUCAUCACCAACAUCAGGAAGGAGGAUGGAGGCUGGUGGGAGGGACAGAUCAAUGGCAGGAGAGGUUUGUUCCCUGACAACUUUGUAAGAGUGACAAAGCUGGACAUGUUUGGAGAGUACCUUGUCAAGAGUGUGAUGCCUGCUGCCGAAGGCUUUGGUCCAGUGGGAUCUGCUUUCUGA